UUAUGGAAGCUUUAGGUUUUAAUCUGAUCACACCGUGCUCAACAAAUUCCAAGGAUAAAAUAGAAAAAGAAGUAAAAAAUGAUGGACAAGAGACAACGGACGAGGAUGCUAAAGAAAGACAUCCUUGGAAUAGAUUAGUGCUGUACCAAGUUAGCAUAAUGACUGCAGUUGUAUUAGCUCUCAGACUUCAUUCUAUAGAUGUACCGGAUGUAGUUUCCUGGGAUGAAGCGCAUUUCGGGAAGUUCGCCAGUUAUUACUUGAACAGGACUUAUUUCUUUGACGUGCACCCUCCCUUAGGAAAACUGAUCCAUGCCGGGUUUGGUUAUAUUGCAGGCCAUCAACCUGACCAUCCAUUCGAAUCACCAGGAGAUUCUCUGGGAAAUCACACAAGGACUGUCUCUAGAAUGAGGAUGGGAUGUGCCAGUAUGGGUGCACUAGUAAUACCUUUUGGGUAUAUAACAGUCCUGGAGAAAACUGGUUCUACCUCUGCAGCUUUGCUCGCUUCCGCCCUUCUCACCUUCGAUACAGGUUUAUCUGUUCUGUGCCGAUAUAUUCUCCUGGAUUCAAUACUUCUUUGCUUUAUUUUUGGUGCAGCAAUGGGAGAUGCCAAGUUCAGAAAUGAGAAACAGUGUUUCAGUAAAUCUUGGUGGGGAUGGUUAAUUUUUACAGGUUUAAUGUUAGGUAGUACUUUGAGUACUAAGUAUGUUGGUGUGUUUGUGUUUUUGUAUGUUGGUUUAUCUACUGUACACCAGCUGUGGAGCAUACUGGGGGACAGGAACAUCAAACCGGUUCAAUUUAUCGCGCAUUUUUUAGCACGGUCUUUCGCUCUUAUUCUUGUUCCUAUACUUGUUUAUGUAGCAGCCUUCUACCUGCACUUCCUUGUGCUGACCGCUGAGGGGCCAGGAACUACAUAUUAUCAUCCAAAUUUUCAGGCUCUCUUCCAUGGGAACAGAUAUGCAGAUGCAGAGAUACCAAAAUAUGUCUCCUAUCAGGCAGAAAUAUCACUCAGGGGUAGCUGUGUUUAUACUGGAUAUCUGCACUCCCAUCCAGUUAAUUAUCCCAAAGGAGAAGGAUCAAGACAGCAAAUGGUGACUCAUUACCAGCACGAGGAUGAUAACAAUAUGUUCUUGAUCAAAAGAUGGGAGGACACUAUACAAUCAUUCAACUCUUCACAGCUUGUUAGACAUGGUGACUUGGUUCGCCUGGAGCAUAUAAAUACAGGAAGAAAUAUUCAUUCUCAUAAUGUAGCGAGCAGUAUUGUUAAAAAUCAUUACCAGGUUACUGGGUAUGGAUGGAAAGGUAAAGGGGACGCCAAUGACAUCUGGAGAGUAGAAUUGAAGAAUGGAAGACAGGGUGAUCCAGUUCAAACUAUUACUUCUGAGAUUACACUCAGGCAUUAUCAUUUAAACUGCAUUCUCUCAACUACAGGACAUCCGUUACCUAGAUGGGGUCUUGGACAGGAUCAGGUUCUUUGCUCAAAAUGGGAUUUAAGCCUGGAUGAAAGUUUGCCAAUGGGUUGCUCAAGGUGGCGUGUUAUCAAGAAUUUGAUCAAUAAUCCUGAGAUUGAAAGGAUCAAGAUCAACUCCCUGACACCUUCUUUCUGGGAAAAAUUUGUCCUAAACCAUGAGAUGAUGUUUACAAAACGAAAUAAAUAUACGUUAGAGGAGAUUCAAACCAAGACUGAGAAAAAUAAAUCAAUAAACCUGAAGUCUAACGAUGAAAAAUCCGAACUAAUGAUUCUAAAGAAAGAUGAAGAAUCCGAACUAAUGAUUCUUAAGAAAGAUGAAGAAUGUGAAUCAAUGAUUCUAAAGAAAGAUGAAGAAUCCGAACCAAUUAUUCUAAAGAAAGAUGAAGAAUUCGAACCAAUAAUUCUAAAAAAAGAUGAUGAGUCUGAACUAAAAAGAAGGUUGGAGGAUGAGUGCAGGAUAAUCUCUGGGUUGGGUUGGAUGCUCCUUGGUUGGGGUUUACACUAUCUUCCAUUCUUCAUGAUGGGACGGGUCUUGUAUCAGCAUCAUUAUUAUCCAGCCAGUAUAUUCAUCUCUCUGUUCUCUGCGUCCUUGGUUGAACUGCUGGUUCGAAACCUGUCUCCGAUUCUGCGGAACCUGAUCCUAGGUUCUCUACUCCUCAUCCUUCUCCUCUCAUUCUCUCUCUUCUCCCCUAUAGUUUACGGGAUACCUGGAGACAAGGCGAGGUUUAGGAACUCGUCCUACCAUUAUCUUCACUGGACGGACUAUUGGGAUUUUUAGAAAAUAUUUACAAGAAUUGUAUCCUUGUAUACUUUAAGUUAAACUUUUAAUAGAGAUAGCUUCUUCAUAAAUGGUUUUUUUCCUGAGAGAUAAUUUCAAAAAUGCCCAAUUCACAACGUUACCUUUAAAAGCUUGUUUGAUUAAUAAUGAAUAAGAUAUCUGUGAUGUCUUUUUAAAGGAUUAGUUAAUACUGUUUUGAUUUCUCUUUAUAGUCACAGCUACUCAAUGGACUCUUUUUAAUCUUGAAAAAUAAUGAUAUUUUCGACUUUAUGAACAAAAUUCCCUUCAAGAAAAAAGGUUUGACUUAAAAUAUGUACUUCCGAUCAAAAUAUGGAAAUUUUGUUUCACUUACCUAUUGUUUAAAGGGAGUGUUCGCGAAAAAUGAAAGGCGGUAUAGGCUUAAUGCGAUAAAAAAGUGCUUUUGA